AUGGCGCAGGCGAAUACACCGCAGCCCCCGUACUACGCGGCGAUAUUCUCAUCGACGCACACCGGAGCGCACGAAGACUAUGACGACGACACCGAGACAAUCCUGGAGCUUGCGAAGCAGCAUCCGGGCUUCCUCGGCGUCGAGGCAACAGGCGAUGACGACCUCAGCAUCGCCGUCUCCUACUGGGAGAGCGAUGAGACGAUACGAGCGUUCAAGGAGCUCGCAGAGCAUCUCGUCAUACAGAAGCGCGGCCGCGAAACCUACUACAAGAGCUACAAGGUGCGCGUGGCAAAGGUGGAGCGCGACUACGGCUUCAAUGUGUAG